AUGGAAAGUGAACAUGUUUUUGACCGUCAUCCGUGCGCCUUGGCCGGGCAGCGAAACACUGGGGUAAACGGCAAUAAAUCUUUACAAAACUCUUGGACAAAUUGUGCUUUCCCGUCAGGAAGACAACAGGAGAGUAAACCUAAACAUAAGAAGAGCAAAUCCACAUAUAAACACAUCCCGCACAGCGAGAAAGCGCCGCAUCUCGUGCAGCAGCGGAACGCGCGUGAAAGACGCCGCGUCCAGGCGGUCAACACAGCAUUUCUCCGAUUACGUAAACACGUGCCUUUCGAACACAAACACAAACGACUUUCUAAAGUCAGGACUCUGAAAGUCGCGAUUGAUUACAUCAAGCGGUUACAGCAGAUGAUUGAUACACACGAUUCGAUGAUGGUUCGGAAUCCGAAUCGGGGGUUCAUCGCGCAGCGCAGAGGAUUUGGUGGGGCCGGAUCGCAACAGGUCCGAAUGGUGGAACUCGCCACGGCAAAGGAGAACAAUAUUCGGUGGAUUUCGCUGGGAUCGAAUCACCGUGAGGAAGCACCCGAGGACGCCGGAUCAUACUGUAUGUACAACCAAUGCGAUAGCUUCGGUCACGCUGCAUAG